AUGACCAACAGCGGCGAGACGGGUGACGAUUCUCCGCAGAGCGUCAAUCGCGUGAGGAACACCAUCAUCUACCAGCUGUUCGAGCUGGCCUCGCAGGACGAGACGAAUCCAAUACUCCUCGAUACGUGCAAUAAGAUCUUCGAUAACCCCAAGAAGAACAAAGUCAGUAAAGUGAAGCAGAACAACAAGCGUGACGAUUCUAUGCCAGAACUGGGCGAGGCUUUAUCAAGACUUUCUGCAGAGCUCAAACAAGAAGUCAUCAUUGUAUUGGACGACAUCGAUCGCAUGAGUGAUGAGGAUCAGCGUACUCUCUUCGAUGAACUUCAAGAUGCGAUCAAGCGCACUAAAGUUGAUGACCCCAAGCAGAAGCCCCUUCGCAUCUUGGCUGGAGCUUCCGUUUUCAGCGUAUAUCGAGAGCUGGCAAGCAAUGACCUCUCUAUAGAUGUUGGAGACUACAACCAGCCCGAUAUAGAACAAAAGAUUACCGCAGAGCUAGGAAACCUAUCCGGAUGGAACGAAGCACAAGUGUCGGAAGCCAAGGAUGCCAUCCUGCGUCGAGCCGGACCAAUAUUCAGAUACGUUGAUCAGGUUGCAGUCCCUUUUAUACGGGAACCAUUCCAGGGUCCGCUGUCUGAGCGCCUUGAUGAUUUACCACAUGGUAUGGACGAGACUUAUGUGCAAGCAGUACGUUCUUUGCCACCCAAUUACCAAGCCCUCCUGCGUACCGCUCUGUCCUGGACCUUAUUCACCUACGGUCCUGUCAAGGCUCUGGAAAUCAUGGAAGCAUUCAAUGGUACAUACCUUGGCCAGCUAAGCGAGGAAGACCUCAGUGCGGUUAAAGAGGAUGACCCAAAACGAUCCCACGCAUCAGAACUGCAGAUGCAGCAGCUUAGCACAGCUGGAAGCUCCUUCCUCACCUUCUGGAACACGACUUCGACCAGACCGUAG